GUGUAAUUCGGCGGUGUAUUAUUUUCAACAAAAUUCAACUUGUUGAAAUAAAUGUAUCACUGCCAAUAGAAAUACGAGGCGGCGGUACCUUGACUUUCAUCCUGGGUUCGAGAUUUGCCCCUAAACUGUUUGUUGUUUGACAGCCAGAACCGGACAAAGCUCGACACAGAUUGACAGGAGGGGAUAUCGUUAUUAGCUUACGCAUUAGCUAACUUGUCUCUUCAUAUCAGCUGCCUCAGCGCUGUAUGUGCGGCAAUAGCAUGUCAGCGCCUUUACCUGCCAUUGUGCCUGCUGCCCGGAAAGCUACUGCGGCGGUGAUAUUCCUGCAUGGACUUGGUGAUACAGGACAUGGCUGGGCAGAAGGUUUUGCUGGCAUCAGGAUACCACAUGUGAAAUACAUCUGUCCACAUGCUCCCACCAUGCCAGUUUCUUUGAACAUGAGAAUGUCCAUGCCAUCUUGGUUUGAUAUCUAUGGAUUGAACCCAGAUGCAAAUGAAGAUGAGGCUGGUAUAAAAAGAGCGUCAGAGAACAUUAAAGCCUUGAUAGACCAAGAAGUGAAGAAUGGAAUUCCUUCACACCGAAUUCUCCUGGGUGGAUUUUCACAGGGUGGAGCGUUGUCACUCUACACGGCUUUGACGACUCAGCAGAAGCUAGCCGGAGUGGUCGCUCUCAGCUGCUGGCUCCCUCUGCGCAACUCCUUCCCUCAGGCAUCUGCCAAUUGUCCUAACAAGAACAUGCACGUCCUUCAGUGCCACGGGGACGCCGACCCCGUGGUUCCCUUUAUGUUUGGCAGCCAGACAGCAGAGAAGAUGAAGAGCCUCGUUAAUCCAGCCAACAUCACCUUCAAGUCGUAUCGGGGUCUACCUCACAGCGCCUGUCCAGAGGAAAUGGUGGAUGUGAAACGAUUCAUAGAGAAGCAGCUUCCAGCCAUCGGCGAUGAAUGAUCUUGGAGCUGCACAGCACCGUCAGAGUCCUUCGGGUUUGACUCCUCGGACUCCCUGAACCACUUUCUACUUGACAAUAAACCACGCUGCUACUCAUAGAGCCGUACCGGACUGGGGCUCCAUGUUAACCCGGGAGAGACUGAUAACGAAAAACAAUGCUGUAUCCUGACCUGGUGCCACACACAACCCUCAGUGUUAGAGUAACUUUAGUUGCUUGAUUGUAAAGCUAUGCCAUUAAGACAAGCCAUCUCCUGCAGGAAACACAUGUACUGGAAUAACUAGGGCUACUUUAUGGUUUAAUUCCUAAUAUCUCACAAUAAAUGGCUUAUUGUUAAAUGUUCUUUUUUUUUUAUCAAUGAAGCUUUAGUGUAGUAGUGCUGAAGCAAGUUAUUAGUUGAUAAAGAAAUAUAACAAAUGCACUAGAUAAAAACGCCUCCAGAUUUGCUUUUUAAAAAUAUAAAUAUAUUUUAAAUAUGCUAUGUUGGUGUUUUUGGAGUUGUCUUAAAGGCUAAACAAUUAUGUAAAAACAAUAAUCGACAGUUCAUGUUUUUGCACCCAUAAUUUGUUAAAGAAAUCUUAACAAAGCAUUUUCAGAGAAAACUUUUUUUUUGAAGGCAGCCUUAUCCACAUAGGAAUUAUUUCUUGUAAUUUAUAGUGCCAUAUGUUGAAAACACACAACUGCAAAAAACAACAUACGAUUGUGCUUUAUUUAAUUUGUGAGAAUUAAAAUAUCUAUUUUGCACAAAUAUCUUUUAAAAUACACAAAUAUAUCAGUGGUCAUGGUCAUGUAUUUCAGUUUGUUUAAAUUAAACAUAAUAUGACUAAUAUCACAGUAUUGAAACACACAGACAAGAUCUAUUUCCGGUUCUCAGCUCAUCGAGUUGUAUAAACUUUUUUUCUUUGAGAAGAGCUGAAAGCACCAACAUAUGAAGUCAUUGUCGCACCAUCCACGUUAGACCAAAGGUGCUAGUGUAGAAGAUCUUAUUCCAAGGCACUUUCCUUCUUCAUAAGUUACUGUUAAAUAAAACCUAGUAGUUUCUAUAAGAACUGGAUAUGCAUUAAGGCUCACAAUAUAC